AUGUGGUGCUCGGAGCGCAAUAAAGAAGCGGAAAUGUGGACUGGCAUGGCGCAAUUCACAUCUCUACAACGAGUCGAGAUUUGGCUGCACUCUGAAACUCUGUAUCCUGCCAUCCCCUACCUUCAUGAGUUAAGACAAGUGCUUUCGGAGCGCAAGCAACGACCAUACAUCGCGCUGGAGCUAUGCGUUUGGGAAAAGCAUUUGUCUUUCGACCAUAGCCUUGACCACGAAAGGAAUCGGAAGCUGAUUCUUCAGGGCUAUGCUGAGCCUAAAGAAGAAUACACCACAGCCAUCAGCCCCCGACAGCGCAUUCUGCGACUGCCCACACAUGCAGCCCAGAUCGUGCUCACUGGUGAUAUCAGCGCGACCGCUGCCAAGGCGCUGGAUGAAUACCUCAUGUCGUUGGAUCGAUGCUUGCUCACUAAGUCAGUCAUGCCUUUACCGAAAGAUGCUGUGAGAUACAAUGGACGUUCUCAGCGCCUGUGGUACGAAUUGCAGCUUGAGUGA